AUGUUCCAGGCGUCAAAAUUAAUGGGCAACAAUCAAGAAAGAAGACAGAUAGAAGAAGUUAUUCGUUAAAUCAAAGGUCCGUACUAGCCAUUCUAGAAGAAAAUCAAACUCAAAAAUUUGGUCUAAAUUCUGUAGGAGAUUUGGGAAGAAGAGGAGGAAUAUUGA